ACAAAGUUUCCUCUUCCACGUUUCCACUGCCCUCUGUAUUUUUAUUUUAUUUUUCUGCUAACAUACCCUAUAUAAACAUUUGCUGCAAUACGCCAGCGAAGCAAAAUGCAUUAGAGUGAGUUUUGGCUUGAACGUGAAGGCUUUUUUUCGGGGGUUUUGAGCUGUUCCUCCCCUGGCAGCUGCCCCCGCUGUGCAGGCGUGUCGUGCGCCCGGUGCGCCGGACUUAAGAAAUGGCGCACCGCCGGCGGGGCUUGCAGGGGCAUGUCUCAGUAGAGCUCUUCUUUAUUUCCUGUCAGUAGAAUCUCUGAAGCCCCGUGUUGAAGAUGGGGCCGUGCGGCCUCACGUCUUCGAAGACGGCCCUGGUAUUUCUGAACCUGAUAUUUUGGGCUGCUGCUGGCAUCUUGUGCUAUAUUGGGGCAUACGUCUUCAUCACAUACGACGACUACGACCACUUCUUCGAAGACGUGUACACCCUCAUCCCGGCAGUGACCAUCAUCGCAGUGGGAGCCCUCCUGUUCAUAAUUGGGCUCAUUGGCUGUUGCGCCACAGUGAGAGAGAGCCACUGUGGACUGACAGCGUUUGUCGUCCUUCUUCUGCUGGUUUUCAUGACCGAAAUGGCAGUGGUUCUUCUUGGCUAUGUUUACAGAGAAAAGGUUGAAGAUGAAGUAAAUGGUUCCAUUGUUAAGGUUUAUGGUGAGUACAAUGGCACCAACAGCAACGCCCAGAGCCGCGCCAUCGACUACGUUCAGAGACAGCUUCAGUGCUGCGGGAUCCACAACUACUCGGACUGGGAGCACACGCACUGGUAUGAAGAAUCCAAAAACAACAGUGUGCCCAUCAGUUGUUGCAACGCUAGCGCUGCCGGCUGCACAGGAUCCCUUUCUCAUCCCCAGGAUCUCUACCAAGAAGGUUGCGAGGCUCUAGUUGUGAAGAAGUUGAAGGAGAUCAUGAUGUAUGUCAUCUGGACUGCACUGACAUUUGCUGCCAUCCAGAUGCUGGGCAUGCUGUGUGCUGGUGUGGUGCUGUGCCGCAGGAGCAGAGAUCCUCCUUAUGAGCCUCUUAUUACAGGAGGCACCCUUGCAUAAAGGCUCACAUGCAGUUUUCAACUUAGACCCAUUUCAGAAGUCGUCAUUGGCUACAGCAUAAACUAAUCUUUAACCAGGAAGUCCAUAGCACUCUAACCACCGCAAAAAUAUUCAUUAUUGUAUUAUUUCCGAUAACUUUUUCAAUCUGAAAUUUUUAAAGCUUUUGGACAAUUUUGUUAAAGGUUACUGAAUAAGAGAACAUUUAUCUACUGUCAGCCUGACAUGAGGAUGUUGUAGUUCACUCUUACCAGUUUCAAACUUGUGGGCAGGGUAAAUUUGUCCCGAUACUUUGCACUAUGCAUUCAGUUUUAUUUUCAAACCCAUCAUUUACUUGAAUGUCAUACUUAGUAUAGUUUGUAUUUUCACUGUUCAAACUCUUGCUACAACCAUACAAUAUGACUACUUCAUUGUAAUGGCUUAAACUUUGAUUAGAAAAAGACUACAGCGCAUUUUAAUGUCAUUGCAUGUCAUUGUGUGUUUUCUUUGUAAGUUAACCAGCCUUUACUUGGUUAGUCUUUAUUUAAAACCAACAAAAAAAAAAAGAAACCCGAUAUUCAUGUGUGCGUUUUUGUGGCAGUGCAUUCUUAUCUCAAAAUAGAUUUUAUCUCACAGCUGUUUGUUUCAGUCUGAACAGCCUCAAGGUUGUGGUAAUGUGUAUGUGGUUAAAAAUAAAUAUGUAGGUAAAGGUAGGUUUGAAAAUAAAUGUUUUUUUUUUCUUUUUAUUCUGUUAAUUUAUCAUUCUGUGACACAAACUGUUUUAUAAUCAUUAACUGUCAUCAGUGAGAAAUAAAAGAGAGGUUGGGAGAUUUCAACAGUGGAGAAAUGCAAAACAAACUGUCGUCAAAUUUAUAGAUUCCCAGUAAGAUAACAGAUUAGAAAGGUUUAAAUUACCCUCCACAGAGUCAUAACCCUAAAUGACUCCACUGUGGCUGAGCAGUGGAAACUUAGCAGUUUCUCAGAGUAACCUGAUACCUGUUGAGAGUUCUCAGGCACCUGAUUCAUCAUGCCCGAUAAAUCCUUUUUAUAAUCCAUGUAAAAAUAUCCUUCACUUCAAUAUAUGCUGCUCUUAACACAAAUAAAGAUGUUGAUGUGUUUGUUACCUGGGAGACAAAAAAACAAACACUUGACAUAUACAAAUAAAGCUUUAAAUAGCGUUCUC